AUGUUUCCUGGAGAGUCAGAGGAGUGGACAGAUGGUUUCGGUGGGCAUCUCGACGGCACGCCGGCCGAGGGCAAGGGCAAGGGCAAGAGGAAAAGAGAGCCGUUGGAAUUGGAGCCACCAAACUUCCCCAUUAAGUUUGGUGGUGGCCCGAAACGCAAGCGGAGGUUCCUUGGGAAGAACCGGGUGUCAUUACGGGCGGUUACCAGGCAAGGCCAGAAACUCCCUUCCGGGUGGCCUGCGAUUACCAUGAAAGCCGUCAAGGAAUGGAGGGCGCUUCGUCACGGAGGAAUCGACGGUGCAACGAGCAGUGCGCCUUCGAAGCCACCUCUGUUGUUCAAGGAGGAGCAGAGCUACAGCAUGGAUGAAACUGCUGUGUGGAUGGAGCCCGCUGGCACGUCGACCGUGGCGCACACCGGUCAGAAAGAGGUGGCCAUCAAAACCGGUGGAAAGGAAAAGUUGCGGAUCACUGCCGUGCUUGCCGCAAACAUGAAGGGCGGCAAACUCCCGCCGCCGCUCAUCUUUAAGGGUAAGCCUACGGCGCCGGGUAAAACCCCCACUGCCAACAGCAUCGAACGAGAGUUCAAGGUGGGCAACGACAAGAAGGGGAUAGCAUACCCUCAGAGCGUUGUGUACGCCGUGGACGACAAUGCGUGGCACACGCAGCGCGUCUUCAGGGAUGUUUGGCUCCCCCAAGUGUGGAACCGGCGCCCGGGUCGCGAUGGGGUCCUGGGCAACUACCGUCAGCCGGACACGCUGCUAUCGUGGGCCGAUUACACCGUGCACAAGACAGCCCUGUGCAAGGAAGCGAUGGAUAAGUCCAACACGACGCUGUUUUUCGUCCCCGGAGGCCUAACGCCCAAGAUCCAGCCUUGCGAUGGACUUAUCAACAAGCUGUUCAAUUCCAACAUGUCCAGGCUGUACGACAACCCCAUGGCCUCCACCGACGCCGUGCGCAACGACCGCGGCUACCCGGAUCCCCCAUCGAGGGGAUUGCUCGCGCAGUGGGUGAAGAAAGCGUGGGAUGAAGUGGACCCUGAGAGCAUUCGUUCGAGCUGGAGGAAGGCUGGCAUGACCCUUGCCUUCGAUGGAUCUGAGGACGAGGCGUGGGCCAACAAGGAGCUCAACUCCGACGCCCAAGGGAAACCACUUCGUGCAGACGGCGACGCGGCCGCUGCCGGCGUAGAGGAGGCUGACCCAUCGGAGGAGGGGGAGACGAUGGCCGACUUGUUGGAAGUGUUGGAAAUCGACGACGAUGACAGCUUGGAAGAUGGCGAAGGCAACGAUGACUCGGAGGUCGAGGCCAUGGCAGACUUGCCGGGGGCGGACAUUGUUUGCAUAGACUGGGUGUCUUGUCUGGUAUCUACCUACCGUGGCCGGNUGGAGUGGUGUGAGCCACCCUAG